AUGUACACCAAAUCCCUCCUUAUUGCCGCUCUUGCUACUCUCGCAACUGCCAGUCCCCUCGAAGUUCGCCAAUAUGGUGGUGGUGGAACCAUUUUGAAAGAGUUCAGCCAGGGCGGAUGUCGAGAAAUCCUAUUUGCAUGGGCACGUGGGUCAACUGAGUUAGGCAACAUGGGUAUGACUGUUGGUCUUCCCACUUCAAACGGAUUAAAGCAAGCAUUCGGCGCCACCAAAGUUGCCACCGAAGGCAUCGACUACGCGGCGUCCAUUGGCACCAAUGGUCUACCUGGUGGCACCGACGCCAGGUCGAAGAAUCUCAUGAAAGACACCCUUACCGCCAUGGCCUCGAAAUGCCCAAACUCUGUCAUUGUCACCGGCGGUUACAGUCAAGGCGCGGCCGUCAACCACCGCGCCAUUGAAGAACUCCCCGCAGCUGUAAAGGAGCAAAUCGCCGGCGUGAUCCUCUACGGAGACACCCAGAAGCAGCAAGAUAGAAACCAGAUCCCAAACUUCCCGGCAAACAAAGUCAAGAUCAUCUGCCAGGUUGGCGAUGCGGUGUGCAGGGGUACCUUGGCCGUUUUGCCAGCCCAUUUGACCUAUGGCUCUCGUGUCGGUGAGGGUGUUCAGUUUCUGACGGCGCAGAUUCGUGCAGCUCAGGCUAUCAUCAGGGCGCGUAAUGCGAAACGGGAGGCGGAGAAGGCGGUGGCGGGUGUUUUUGAAGAGGCUAAGAGGGCUGUGGAUCUGGUUGUUUAG